AGAGAAGUCCUGCGGUGACGAGAUGACUUCCUACAGGAAACUACGAGCACGAAAUAUGAGGAAGACACUCAGGCUGUGACGUCCUCGGAAGAUGAACGCCAUUAUAAGUUUGUCAUUGAUGUUCACGACUUUAUGGACGUUGGAGAGAUCAGCGUGAAGGCUGUGAACGAGCGAGAGUUGGUCGAAGGUCACUUGGAGAAGAAGGAAGACGGUUCCAAGUCCAGCAAGCGGUUCCUUCGGCGCUUCGUUGUUCCUGGAGACAUUGAGCUUGAGGCUGUCAUUUCAGUCAUGUCUUCUGACGGUGUGCUUAAAAUUUUGGCUCCAAAGAAGGAGGGCCAUAAUCGAAAACAUUUUUCGAUUGAUGUAGAAGACAUGGACGAUGUCGAGGCAACGGUUUCAAGGAAAUUUAGAAAUGGACAUCGUCUCGCCGAGGAAUAUCUGAAGAAGAGAGAUUCAUCUUCUGAUGACGAGGAAUUAAGAGCUUUUGCCAAACAAUCCAAUAACCAUACCGAGUCACUUUCCAAGACGAUGACGAAGAGUUUGAAGGUGGACACAUGUUCAACAAGAGACAAAGAUGACAAAUGACAGCAGCAAGGAUUU